UCCUAAAACUUCUUCCCCUCAUUAUAAUCCCCAGUUUCACCCUCAGUGACACUCACCAGUCAGUAAAGGUUAGGAGCUGCACCUUGAGCUUUCUUUCUUUCUGGUUCAUCUUAUUGCCUUUUCAGGUUCAGGUGAACGUGCCCGACCAUGUCGGACAACGAGGAAGUGGUUGAGGAGUACGAGGAGGUGGAAGAAGAAGAGGAAGAAGAAGAUGAAGAAGAGGAGGAGGCCAAACCAAAAUUCAAGCCGUUUCUUAUGCCCAACCUCAUCCCUCCUAAGAUCCCAGAUGGGGAGAGGGUGGAUUUUGACGACAUACACCGUAAGAGGAUGGAGAAAGACCUGAUGGAGCUCCAGACUUUGAUUGAGGUUCACUUUGAAAGCAGAAAGAAGGAAGAAGAGGAGCUCAUUAGUCUCAAAGAACGAAUUGAGAAGCGCCGCUCUGAGCGCGCGGAGCAGCAUAGGAUACGCAGUGAGCGAGACAAAGAGCGUCAAAAGCGACUUGAGGAAGAGAGGGCUCGUAAAGAAGAGGAAGAGGCAAAGAAACGAGCAGAGGAUGACGCAAAGAAGAAAAAAACCUUGACCAGCCUCCACUUUGGAGGCUACAUGCAGAAGCUGAACGAGAAGCGAAGCGGUAAAAGGCAGACAGAGAGAGAGAAGAAAAAGAAGAUUUUGAGUGAAAGACGUAAAUCUUUGGAUAUCGACAACUUGGGGCAGGAAAAGCUCAAGGAGAAGGCCAAGGAGUUAUGGGACUGGAUGUAUGAGCUGGAGGCAGAGAAGUUUGACCUGCAGUACCAAUUCACCAGGCAGAAAUAUGAGAUAAAUGUGCUGAGAAACCGUGUGAGCGACCAUCAGAAAAUAUCCAAGAGAACAAAGAGAGGCCUUAGGAAAUAGAUGACCUGCUAUCCAGACUAAGCACCUAAACCAAGACCUGGCGUUUUCGCCACACCCAAGUUACACCUUUCACCUCAACGGGACACUUUCUAGUGUAUUGCAUAAUAACAUAUAUUGAGUUUUUUUUUUUUUUUCUCCGAUUACAUUUUUGGAACAGUGAAUAAUGUGUAGGUGUAAAUAAAACCUCAUUUUAAAAACCAG